AUGGACGACGCUAAGAAGAUCGAUUUGCUGCUCAUACGGCGUGAUACCUUGCUGGCUCAGCUAGAUCGGGCCGAAAAGUUCAUCGAAAACUAUAUCAUCGAACGGGAUUCGCUCGAGGUACCCAUUAGGUUGCAAAACAUCGACGUCCUAUGGAAUAACUUGGAAGCAGUUCAAAUCGAGCUGGAGGCGCUACAGACAACUGGUGAAGGUAAAGUGGUAAAUUUAAAUUGCCGUGAAUCAUUUGAGCCUAGGUUGUUCCGAAUUAAAGGUAAUUUAACGUCAAUGUUGCCUCCUCCCAUCUCUAUGAGCCGCAGCCCUGAUCACUCGAUCAAUUGUCCACCAUCCACUUUGCAAGGCCUCCGUUUGCCUACGAUCUCCUUGCCUGAAUUUAACGGUGAUUAUAAUCAAUGGCUGAGUUUCCAUGACACUUUCCUCGCUCUGAUACACAACAAUCGUGAUCUUCCUUCAGUUCAGAAAUUCCACUACCUGCGGGCAUCACUGAAAGAAGAAGCCUACCAACUAAUUGAGUCAAUCCACAUCAGCUCUGAUAACUAUGAAAUCGCCUGGCAAUCACUGAUAAGUAGGUACUCUAACGAAUAUCUUCUGAAGAAACGUCAUCUUCAGGCUCUUCUCGACAUCCCUAGGAUGGGAAAGGAAACGGCAGCUUCACUUCAUACUACCGUUGAUGAAUUUGAAAGACAUGUCAAAAUACUAGCACAAAUGAAAGAGCCCGUUGAUUCCUGGAGUACCAUACUUGAACAUCUUUUGUGUACGCGAUUACACGACGAAACUUUGAAGCUGUGGGAGGAUCAUGCUGCUAAUGUUGCCGAUCAAAGUUUCAACUGCCUUCUAGGAUUUCUUCAUAAGAGAGUGCGCGUAUUGGAAUCGAUUUCAGUCAAUCAUAACACACAUCCCCAACCUACUGCUGCCAACUCAACCGAUAAUAGUCAUCGAAGAGCUCAACCAUUUAGAUUUUCCACUCAUUCCACGACUGCUGAAGCCCGUUAUUCGAAAUGCUAUGCUUGUGAGGGAACUCAUCCGUUAAUCCAUUGUCCCACGUUCGAGGCCCUUGGUCUGCAAGAAAGAAUCCAAAUUGUCAGUUCCAAGGGAUUAUGCUUUAAUUGUUUUCGUCACGACCAUCUGGCGAGAAAUUGUAGCUCCGCCUAUCGCUGUAGAUUGUGCCAAAGACACCACCAUACCAUGCUCCAUCCCGAAACGAACCCAAAUGUACAGGUAUCCCAACGUCAACCACAUUCGAAUCGCCCUAAUGCAUCAGUGCACUUUACCCAAGCGGAAGCAACCGGUCCAUUAUUUGAACAGGAAUCUCUACACACGAUGAUGAAUAUUUCCAAUUCUCCUCCUAGAAAAUUGAUGAGUAGUAAUGUCAACACAGAAGCAUGCUGCAUGCUUAUGCCAACCGUUAUUCUUAAAAUCGUUGAUGCUUUUGGAAAGGAACACUUCGCACGUGCUCUGUUAGAUUCUGCUUCACAGCCAAAUUUGAUUUCUGACCAACUAGCCCAGCUAUUGCGGCUGCCUCGAAUCAGAACUGACGUCAUUAUUCAUGGCAUCGGCCCAAAAGCCCAGAGAACUACCGAAUCUGUAUCAACGGAGAUUCGUUCUAGGAACAACUCCUUCAUCAGAACUGUUAAUUUUCUCGUACUCAAAAAACUUACCGUACAAUUACCUGCCCACACCAUUAAUACUGAAGGCUGGAAGAUUCCUAGAAAUAUAACAUUCGCAGAUCCAACUUUUGACCUCGCCGGCAAAAUCGACAUGAUUAUUGGUCUGGAACAUUUCUUCCAUUGCUUCAACUCCGCCCAACGUAUUUCCUUAUCUGAAAAUUUGCCGCAGCUUGUUGAUAGCGUUUUUGGUUGGCUUGUUACUGGAGGAAAACACACAGAUGAAACGAAUUCUACUUCUUGUACGGUAGUUGCUAUUUCUUUAGUUAGCCUACAAGACAAAUUAGAAAAGUUUUGGAAAUUAGAAGAGCUGCCGGAAAGAAUGGAUUGGUCAUUCGAUGAAUGCCAGUGCGAAGCUCACUUCAAAAGCACAGUGAAUAGAACAAAGACCGGAAGAUAUGUCGUACGUUAUCCGAAGAAAAGCUCGUUCGACGAUCUGAUGGGCGAAACCAAAACCGCUGCUCUGCGAAGAUUUCAACUAUUGGAGCAAAAACUAGAUGUUUUAUUAUCUCGAAGUAAUAACGUAAUAAGACAAACUAUGGUGUAA